UUCUGCGGGGCGGCAGCGCGGGCCUGUCUCCUGCCCCGCUCGGCGCGCCAGGUGCUGUCUGGGAGAGGACAGCGGAGCCCCGCGGCCGGGGACACCCUGCGCGAGGAGGAAAACAUCCUGUCAAACACGUGCCAUGGGCUGCUCACUGCACCAGCAGGAGCUGAUGCUACCUGUGCUGAUGCUCUUGCCUUCUCACCAGGUGCGUGGGAUGAAGGGAGCCUGACGCCUGCCCAGAGAGGAGCCCCUGGCCCCGUAGAGCUGCCCACCAUGAGCAGGACGCUGCUGUCAGGCAGGAUGAGGCCUGAGAGCCGGAGCGUCUGCGUCUUCCUGCCCACCCGGGAGCAGCUCAGCCUGGCCGUUGGGGUCAAAGCCACUGGACAGCAGCUCUUUCAGCAAGUUUGCGAUUUAGUGAAGAUUAAAGAGCCUCACUUCUUUGGCCUCAGCAUUGUUAAAAAUAAUGAGUAUGUUUUUAUGGACCUGGAGCAGAAGCUUAGCAAAUAUUUUUCAAAGGAGUGGAAGAAAGAGACCAUCAAAGGCACAGAAAAAUUCACCCCUCCUUUUGUUGCAUUCUUCAGAGUACAGUACUACGUAGAAAAUGGAAGAGUGAUAAGCGAUAAGGUGGCACGGCAGCUCUACUACUGCCAUCUCAAGGAGCAAGUACUUAUGUCUCGGUGCAACCACAAAGAAGAAAUCUACUUCUUGCUGGCUGCCUACAGCUUACAGGCAGACUUGGGCAACUACAAGGAGAAGGUCCAUGCUGGCAAAUAUUUUGAACCUCAGGCUUAUUUUCCACAAUGGAUAAUUGCAAAGAGGGGGAGCGACUACAUCUUGAAACAUGCCCCAGAGAUGCACCGAGAACAGCAAGGGCUGAGCGCUAAGGAAGCAGUACUGAAGUUCAUUAAGGAGUCCUGCCUGCUGGAAGAUGUGCCUGUCCACUUCUACAGGCUACAGAAGGAUAAGAAGGAGGAUCAUCCAACAGUUAUCCUGGGCCUGACCCUGAGAGGAAUGCACAUCUAUCAGGAGGUGAAUCACGUUCGGCAGCUCCUGUACGACUUUCCCUGGUCACACAUCGGGAAGCUGGCAUUUCUGGGGAAAAAAUUUGAGAUCCAGCCAGAUGGUUUGCCCUCUGCACGGAAACUGGUUUACUACACGGGGUGCCCCUUCAGGUCACGGCACUUGCUGCAGCUCCUCAGCAACAGCCACCGGCUCUUUCUGAAUAUCCAGCCGGUGUUGAAGCAGAUCCAAAAGCUGGAGGAGGCUGAAGAGAAGAAGCGCUACCGGGAGUCCUACAUCAGCGACACGCUGGACAUGGACCUGGACCCGUGCGACAAGAACUCGCGCGGCAGCGGGAGCAGCGGGGGCAGCCGCAGGGACAAGCGCCUCUCGCGCCAGUCCACGGGCAGCCACGGCAGCUCCCACACCUCUGGCAUUGAGGCUGACUCCAGGCACCGGGUCUCAGUGGAGAUGUCAGUGGAUGAGCCCUUCGGCAUUGACCGGGUGCACAGGAAAGAGAAAUCCUGCAGCUCAACCGUCAGCUACGGCAGCUCUGGCAUUGACAGCGGCAGCAAAGGGCGGCCUGAAGAUGACUCUCAGGAUGACGAACUUGAGCUGGCAGUAGAUGAGCCAGAGGAGGUGCCUGUAGACGAACCUUUAGAGGGAGACCAGUUAGAGGAGGCCACGGUGGGAGAAUCUGUUGAAUCUCUUCCUCUAGAGGCUGCUAGCUGCCAAGCUAUAAAUCAGGAAUCGCUGUCUGUGGUGCAAGUCACGUUGAUAAAAAUGAGAGGUCAAAGUGUGGAAUCUCUUGAGCAGGUGCGAUCGCCCAAAGGCAGGAGCUGCACGGAGCAGCACAGCCAGAGUUUGGAUGACAUCCGCCUCUACAAGCACCGGCACCCGCCGCUGAGUGCUACGCUGUCCUCAGACACGUCCCACAGCUACACCUUUGGCUGCAGCCUGGAGGAUAAGCUGUCUGUCUACGGCUGCGUUUACUCCACGGCAGACUGCAAAACCAAGUCUGCCCUUUACGGGAAGCGGUCCAUGAACUGCCUCUCCUUGGAUCUUCUGGGAGAGGACCAGCUCCCAGAGGAGUUUGUGGUGUAAUGAGAUUGGAGCUCUUCCGUACCAGGAAACAGCUCAUCAUGGAAAUAUAUACCUCAUUAACACAUAUGAUGUCAGUCUGGUUCUUGCAGGAGAUUGUGAGCAGCUUUGUUAUUCAUCUCCUUAAUCAGUAAGUGGCAUCGCUUCUGCAGACCUGACUACAGGGCAAAUCAACUGGAGCGUAGCACUUAAUGUUGGCGUUUGAAGUGUCUGUCUGAGCAGAAAAUGGAAGCGGCCUGCGCCAUUAGUAGUGACACAACCAACAUAAAAACCAAAAACAGCGGACCAAAACUGACGCUGAGCACUGAGACCUGGUGGCUUUGUCAGAAAGAAAUGUAAAGUCUCUGUUGGUUUAUCUUCCUUCCUUUCUUUUGUGGUCCAUUUAUGUUAAUGCUAGUGUACAGAUAGUUUGGUUGUCUUGAGUUUGUGUUGCUGCAACACUGCCAACAGUUGUCAGGCCAGGAUGUACUCUGAGGAUAUUUGGAGGGCUGUGUGUGGAAGUGUCUAGUCUUUUCCUGUUGUAGUGAACACAAAUUGCCUAUUUGCUUUACUGGGAGCAAGACCCGCUGUACCAGGAAUUUCUUGUUUGUUUUAUUUUGUUGCAAGCAUCCAGCCAAAUACAAUAUGCUUUCUUUUUUUCAUGCAACAAAUGGCACUGUUUCUCAGCUGUCUAGUACUGCCAUGAUGCAGAUGGUAAAGAAAUCCUUUUAUCUAUGGGGAAACGGAGGAGGGAAUAAAACAAAUGACUUGGCUGUUCCUGAGAGUACAGACGACAAAUUAAGAGCAUUAAUUGGCUGUCUCUUGAAGACAGGAGUGUGACUGGAGAAUUUGUCCAGGCAUGAUCACCCCUUACUUAGAAUCAUACUUUUGUGUUGUUCUUUGUUUUUAAUAAAUCUGUUCCUUAGAAAUAUUUCCUCUGUUUAGGAGGCAAGUAUGGACUGGAAGAACAGAGAGAGUGACUGUCUCCUUGGUCACGGAUAGGUCAUGCAAAUGUGCGUGUGUGGUGCUGUAGUACUGGUGGUGAUGGUGGAAGUGUAGGGUGUUUGUGUGCCAAACCAAGGGUACUCGUUUGGUGAUUUCAAGUGGAGAGCUGGCUGUGCUUGCUCUCACUAGGAAAACAGUGAUAAUGCUGUUGGAGUCAAGCAUUUCAUGUGGAAAGCAUCUUGCUACCUUGUUACAUCCAAAUAAAUGUAUGUCGGUUUUCCUUCCCUAUCUUCUCCCAGUAUUUCCUCCCCUCAUCAUUUUCCUAACAUUUGGGAAGCUUGUACUUACAGGCAUGUGUGCACAGCUUUUGACAACCAUGCAGGUGGAAGCUAUUCAUUUUCUGGCAACCUCUAUAAGCAGACUGAUGCUAUUCUGCUGGUUGAGGAAGUGUGUGUUGUGCAGUGUUGAUCACUCAAAAGCUGAAGACAGACAAAUUCGGGAAAAGAAGGAAGCCAGACCAUGACAAUGAUGGUUUGAGCUGCUGCUUUGAUGGUGAGCUUGCAGACUUAGUAGUUGUCUGGUAAAUUGUGUUCCCAUAAACAGUUAAAAUAGUAAACCCAUGAAACCUGUCAUCUCACUAUUUCUAUGCAAGGGAGUGUGGUGUAGAGACAAGAGUGUGUAGGUGCAUCCACAUUUACUGAAGUGGCAUUAGUGGGUGUACAUCUCUGAGAUGAAGCCAGCACCAAAGCCUAGCAGUGUGUUUAAGGAAAGAAUGAUGGGCACAAGCUCACUGUAGCCACAGCUUAAUUGACCAUGCCCUCUUUGAUCACACUGUUCUUUCUGUUUUUGUAAUGAACAAUUAAGAGUUGUGUACUCACUGUAGUCUUUUUUUCCCUUCUUCCAAGCAAAGCCAAAAUGCCUUUACAGAGUACUUGAGGUAUGUUUACUGCAUCCAAAAUAAACUCUCCUAAAGGGUAGAGGAUAUCUGGCUGCUCAUGAACAAUCCAUUCAAGCCUACUGCUGUAAGUUGCUCCCCCUUACCUUUGGGCCUGUUUGUCCAUAAGCUGUGGGGAAUGGGCAUGGCCAGGAUCCAGGAGGCCAGUUGGCCAUGCUCCAGGUAGCAGCCUUGUUCUCCCAGCCCCUGCAGAGCUGGAGGGGGAUGGCUUUUACUGCUGCGACUGUGGAUAAGGUCUGCUAAAGUGUUGGUCUCCUACCUGUACAGAUGUAAAAUUAGUUGUGGUUCUGGCAAUGGUUGUUAACUGGAAAAAGGCUCAAAAUUCCAGAGGUAUAGUAGUUCAGAAAAGUGUCGUAAAACACACGUGCACCACGUGCUCACAUCUGUGCACACUUGUCUGAAAGACAAUCACAUGCAUACCUGCUUCAGCCUGACCAUCUUACCAAAGUGUCUGUUGACACUAAGCAGUUUGGUUUUUUCCUUUUUGUGCAGUUACCAAGCAUUCAAUGGAUUUGAUAAAAUGCUGUAAUCCUACUGUCACUGGUUACAAAAUACACCGAUGCCUGAAAAAUAGUGUCACUGGCUCUGGCAUACACUGCCUUGUUGUACAUGGGGGUUUCUUGUAUUUAUUCAUGGCUGGUGGGGAAGGCAAACUCCAGGUCUGACCAUCUUCUCUCUGGUCUACACAGUACUAUAAGUUAGAAAUGUAUAUGAAGGAGAGACCAGACACUUGUGUAUGUAGACCAAGAAUUAAUUGAUACCUUACAAGCACUGUGAAUAUGUAUUAUGCAAGUUUUUGUAUUCAUACAAAAAAACCCCAUCAAACCCUGUUCCUACUAGUAACAGAAUUUUUUGUUAUUUGUCUUUUGGAUUUAGAAGGUCUCUUACUUUUGGUUUUGACUAGUUUGGUAGAGGGGGUAUAUGUGUAAGCAUUUAUGAACUGAUGUUAGAAACUAGCUGCCAAUAUUUGUACAUAUUUGUAAAAUACUCAUGGUAUAAUCACUCUAUUUUAAUGGUAAAAGUGUCUCUCCUUUCCAUGAAAGGAAUCUGUUUAAAAUAAAAUAUAAAUAACUAUAUGUACACUUGCAAUA